AUGGGGGAUUUGGAAGUGCUGCUGCCUGGAGAAGCGGAGGCCCUGGUGCAGGCCCUGCAGGUCUUCCCAUUGUGGGAGAUGGGAUCCCAGGGGUGGUGUCGCCAGCAAGAACACCUGGAGAAGUUGAACAUGCAGGCCAUCCUGGAUGCUUCGGCCAGCCAGGGAGAGCCCAUCCAGGAGCUGCUGGUCACCCACAGCAAGAUCCCAGCUCUAAUUGAGGAACUGAUUUCUGUGGAGAUGUGGAAGCAGAAGGUGUUUCCUGUGCUGUGCAAGCUAGAAGAUUUCAAGCCUCAUAACACCUUUCCCAUUUACAUGGUGGUACACCACGAGGCCUCCAUCAUCAACCUUCUGGAGACUGUUUUCUUCCACAAGGAAGUAUGUGAUUCAGCUGAAGAUUCUAUUUUGGACUUAAUUGACUAUUGUCAUCGAAAACUGACAAUGCUGGUGGCCUACAACAACACUAGCAGCAGCUCCUUGUCUGAAGAAGAGUUUGAACUUUCACCCUUGGAGGAGCUGCAAAAGCAGGCCCAGCUGAUGGAGUUUGAAAUCUCUCUGAAGGCUCUCUCUGUGCUUCGAUAUAUCACAGACUGUGUGGACAGCUUGUCCCUGAGCACCAUUACCAGGAUGCUGACCACCCACAACCUGCCUUGUCUCCUGGUGGAGCUACUGGAGCACAGCCCCUGGACUCGACAAGAAGGAAGUCAUCUAAAGAAGUUUGAGUGUGGCCGGUGGCAAGUGGUGACCCUCAAGGAGCAGCAGAAGCUGACCAAGGUAGAUGGUCAGGUAUGGAUCGCCCUGUACAACCUGCUCCUCAGCCCUGAAUGCCAGCCCAAGUAUAACUUCACCGGCUUCAACAAGAACCAGCUCCUUAAGCUCCGGACCUGGCUCAAUGAUGUUGUGCUGGACCAGAUACCCAACCUGAUAGAACUACACCGUUUCCUCAGCCAACUGGCACUCACUGAGCCUCACCCUCCCAAGAAGGACCUGGUGAUGGAGCAGAUCCCUGAAAUCUGGAGCCGGCUAGAGAGGAAGAACGGGGGGAAGUGGCACGCCAUUGCCAAGUACCAGCUGAAACACAUCUUUAGCCCCUCUGAGCAGGACCUGCGUCUACAGGCCAGAAGAUGGGCAGAAACCUACAAGCUGGAUGUGAUAGAGGCCUUGAACCCCGAGAAACCCAAAUGUGCCUCCUGUAAUGCCGAGGCCUCCAAAAGAUGCUCUCGGUGUCAGAAUGAGUGGUACUGUAAGCGGGAAUGCCAGGUCAAACACUGGCAGAAGCACCGAAAAUAUUGUGACUUAAUGGCCAAGUCAUUGGACCCUGUGAAGGAGGAGGUCAAAGCCCAGUAGUAGCCGUUAGCCAUUUGUCGUGAUAUCCCUUCAUGCCAAGCCCCCACCCACCCAAGGUCCCUGGCCAACCAGCAAAACCACUUUCUGAGAGUCCCGCUAUGCCAGCUCUGUGCCCACACACCCCAGCCAGCCUGGUGCAGGCCUCAGGCAGAGGCUGGCUCUAAUGCCCUUCUUGGUUUGAAUCCCUGGUAGCCUACACAUCCCUGCCCAGUCCUGCAGCUCUCAACUGAGCCUCAGCCAUCCCAACAGCCCCCGAGGGGGCAGGGGCCUUCCUUCUUGCCCAGAUGGAAUUCUGGGAAGGAGUCCCCACAGGCACCCAGAGAAAGGAGGGGUAAGGUCGGGAGCUGAGCCUCCCCCACCCCCCACUUUGAGAGGCUGUGGCAGGAAAGUGCGGAUGUGGGGGACCUUCUUCCUCUAUAAAGCACA